UCAACAACGAUGACGAUGAUUACAAUGAUUUGGAUAUUAUCAUUUCAGCAAUUAUUUCCAUCAUCAUCAACAAUGUUGAUUAUGGCAUAUGAAAAUGGCGAUUGGAAUGAUAUGGGCAAUAAAUGUUUGAAUCAUCAUCAUCAUCAUCAUCAGGAUGAUGAUAAUAAUAAUCACACAAUUAUUAAACGUGGCCUAUUUGAUCGUUAUGGUCUUUUCGGCGGUUCUGGUGCUGGUGCUGAUAGAUCAUCAUCUCAGCAGCAGCAGCAACAACAACAACAACACCAAUCACUAUCAUUGAUUGGUGGUGGUAAUAAUAAUGGCUUGACAUCAUCGAUUAAUAGGGCUAUCGAUUUAAAUUAUACAUAUUUUGAAGAACCGAAUACGGAAAUUUAUUUUUCACAUAUGGUUAUCAAUGAAACAAUUGGUUUUGUAUAUAUCGGUGGUGUGAAUACGAUUUAUCAAUUAAAUUUACGUUUGAAAUUAUUGGAAAAAAUUACAAUGGGUCCAUAUGAAGAUUCGAAUGAUUGUCCAAUAUCGAAAGGUUGUGCGCCAGAGGUGCAGAAGCGUUUAUCAAAUUAUUACAAUAAAGCAUUGGUUUUGGAUCAAAUGCAUCAAUGGCUUAUAUCGUGUGGUUCAUUAUUUCAAGGUGCAUGUACCGCUCACAGUUUAUAUAAUAUCUCGCGUAUCAUUGAUCAACCACAAGAACCGGUAGUGGCGAACAAUGCCACCGCAUCGACGGUUGCUUUCAUUGCUCCGGGUCCAGAUCCACAUAAACAAGUAUUAUAUGUUGGUGCCACUUAUACCGCCGGAUCAUAUCGAUCCGAUUUACCCGUUGUUAGUUCCAGAUCAUUAUUUGAAACAAAUUUAUUCCAAUUGGCAUUGGUUGGUGUUAGCACCGGGACCCGUUUGAUCAUAAAUGCAUAUGCACGUGAUCGUUAUCCAAUCACAUAUAUUUAUGGAUUUCAUUCACGUGGUUUUAGCUAUUUUUUGACCGUUCAAAAACGUAAUACUGGUCAAUCGGCAUUUAUGUCGAAAUUAGUGCGUAUUUGUCAAAAUGAUCCGGAUUAUUAUUCAUAUACCGAAGUACCACUGGUAUGUCGUCAUCAAGGCCAUCAACAAAAACAUUUCAAUCUGGCACAAGCUGCAUUCAUUGGACGGCCAUCAUUGAAAUUGGCCAAUAUUACGGGCGUACGAUAUGAUGAUGAUCAUUUAUAUGUGGUAUUUGCACGUUCCGUGGAUGAACAAACCAUGGAAGAUCCACGACCUGCUAGUCAUUCUGCAUUAUGCGUAUAUCCAUUGUCGACCAUUCAUCGGCAAUUUACGAAAAAUAUCCAACAUUGUUUCAAUGGCAAUGGAAUGCAAGGAUUGGAUUUCAUCAACAUCGUGCAGAAAUGUGUUCCUACGCAAGUACAAAUAAAAGAAGAUUUUUGUGGUAUGGAUGUCAAUCAACCAUUAGGAACAACAAAUCCAAUUGAAACCGAACCAGCAAUAAUGUUUGAUAAUGUGCUACUUACAUCAGUGGCUGCAACUGCAACUAAUGAUUAUUCAGUCGCAUUUUUGGGUACCAAUGAUGGACAUUUGAAAAAAGUAGUGAUUGAAGGACAACGUCACCAGAUUAAUAUGGAUCAAUCACGUGUAUCGAUAAAAGCAUAUGAAUUUGCCGAUAUCGUCAUACAACAAGGACAUCGUAUCAAUCCGGAUAUGUUCGUGGCUCAUGGUUAUCUUUAUGUCAUGACAACCAGGCGAGUGACAAUGGUCAAAGUACAAGAAUGUCAUCAACAUCGUACUUGUAUGGACUGUCUUGGUGCACGUGAUCCAUAUUGUGGUUGGUGUUCAUUAGAAAAUAAAUGUUCCAUUCGAAAUGAUUGUGCCGAAGCAACAUCCGAUCCGUUAUAUUGGCUUUCAUAUAAAAGCGGUAAAUGUACAACAAUUUCAAAUGUAAAUCCCGCUCAAAUACAACGAACAACAACACGAACGCUCAAUCUUGUCAUCGAUAAUUUACCAAUGACAGAGAAUGGCCAUUAUCUUUGUGUAUUCACAAUGUAUGGUAAAUCACAGACAACGAAUGCAACACGUUCACCAACCGGUGUAUUUUGUCCAACACCAUCAACCGAUACAUUACCAUUAAUACAGACGGAUACACAUUCAUUUACAGCAAAAUUAUCAGUACGAAUGCGUGAUGGACCAGAUUUUGUGGCCACGAAUUUUACCUUCUAUGAUUGUUCAUCAUUUACAUCGUGUACAGAAUGUGUUUCGAGCUUAUUUCCAUGCGAUUGGUGUGUUGGUGGCCAUCGUUGUACACAUGAUACUGGUGAACAUUGUCGUAAUGAGAUACUUGUCACUGGUAUUAAAUCAAUGGGACGUUCAAUACGUUCUGGUCCAAGUUUUUGUCCACGUAUUAAUUCCACUGUUAGUGGUACUACUGAAGUUCUUGUACCGAAUGGAAUGUCGAAACGUAUAUCGGUGAAAGUAGUGAAUAUUCCACAAGCAAUCACUAUUCGUUUUGUUUGUCAAUUCAAUAUUGAAGGACGUGUGAAACAAGUGAAUGCACAACUAUUAUCCGACACAAUCUAUUGUGAAUCAUUACAAUUUAAUUAUUUCACAAAUCUAACGAAUAUAACGGCAGAAUUUGCCGUUAUUUGGGAUGGUAAUAAACCACUGGAUAAUCCGGAUAAUAUUCAUGUAUUAGUAUAUCGAUGUUCUGGCUUAGCAAAUAAUUGUGGAUUUUGUCUUGAAUUGGAUGAAAAAUAUAAAUGUGGCUGGUGUCAACAAAGUGAAAGCUGUCAAGUACAGGAACAAUGUCAACAUCAUAAUACAAUGUGGUUGAAUCGACAACAAAUCUGUCCGAAUCCAAGAAUAUUAGAUUUUUAUCCAAAAACUGGUCCAUAUGAAGGUGGUACAAAUCUAACAAUCGAAGGCAUUAAUCUGGGCCGUAUAUUUAAAGAUAUUGAAAAUGGUAUCGGUAUAUCACAUGAAUUGAAUGGCCAACAAAUUAGCUUAAUACCAUGUUAUCCAUAUCGCAAUGAUUAUUUAAAAACAUCACGUAUUAAAUGUCGUAUACAAGGACGAAAUAUGUCAGCUGAUCCAUCAAUGAAAUCUAUAUCUGGCCCAGUUGUUGUUCAAGUAUUGAAAGAAUACACUGCUAAAUCACGUGAUCAUUACAUGUUUGUUAAUCCGAAAAUAUUGACGAUAAAUCCAUCGAAAGGACCAGUAUCUGGUGGUACAUUAUUAUCGAUUGAAGGUCUAAAUAUGAAUGCUGGCAGUAGUGCUUCAGCAUUUCUUGGUGAUCUGCCCUGUAACGUUACUAAACGAGAAAUGAAUCAUGCUGAAUGUAUUACAUCGGCACGUUUGAUGCCCGGUGAAGAAUUACUUAGUGUUCAUUUUGAUAAUGGGAUUCGUGUAUUUGAAUAUUAUAAUUAUCUUUAUGCUGAAGAUCCAAAAAUUGAAUCUGUCACAAGUGAAUCAAUGUCAACAUCGACAAAUCGUAUUAUCGGUCCACAUAAACAAUUAACACAUGUUUCCACAUCAUUGGAUCCAUCGACGAUGAUACAACGUGGUGGUGAACAACAACAACCAAAAGGUAUACCAAGCGGCGGUUUUCAUUUACGUGUUCGUGGACAAAAUUUUAAUAUAAUUCAAGAGCCAAAAAUCUACGUUGAUGUUGAUGGUGAAUGGUUCGUAUCAAAUUGUUCUGUAUUGAAUGUGGAAGGUACCGAUAUGCGUUGUGAAACACCGGCUGUUCCUAUUGAACGUUUACAUUUUACGCGUCAAGAAUAUAUUGAACUUGAUUAUGGUUUUAUUAUGGAUAAUGUUCAUUCAGUUCGAUCAUUGACAAUACCACGAAUUGGUGGUGGUAAUCGUGAUCAUCCACCAUUUCCAAAAUUUCGAAUGUAUCGUUUGCCGGAUUUUCAUGAAUUUUCCGAAUCUGAUCGUAUUAAAUAUUAUCGUGGAGAAUAUUUGACAAUUAAUGGAAAUCAUCUAGAUAGUAUUAUACAAUCAAGCGACGUCAAUGUAUGGAUAGGAUCGGAACGUUGUAAUGUAACAUCAUUUUCACAAGUGCAACUCACAUGCCGUCUACCUGCACAACGUCCAAUGGCAGAAGAUGAAAAUUAUCAUCAAACCUAUGAUCAAUUACCUGCGGUAAUUGUUGGUGUUGGAAAACGUUUCAAUAAAACCCUUGGAUUUAUGAGCUAUGAUUCAUCGUCAUCGGGAUCAUUUUUCUUUUUUUCAUCCGGGUCAAGUUCUGGAGCAUUAUAUAAACAUGUUUUCAUUGCUAUUGUAGUGGCGAUUUGUUUCUUAUUUGUUGUCGUCGUAGUUAUAUUGAUAUUGUAUCGUCGUAAAUCUACAGAAUCAUCACGUGUAUUGAAAACAAUGCAAGAACAGAUGGAUGUUCUUGAGCUUCGUGUUGCAUCGGAAGCUAAAGAAGCGUUUGCUGAAUUACAAACAGAAAUUACUGACAUAACAGCUGAAAUUAAUAUCGGUGGUAUACCAUUCUUGGAUUAUCGCCUUUAUACAUUGAAAGUAUUGUUUCCAAAUGAAAAUAAUAAUCAUGCUGUCUUAAAAGAAUUGGCGUUAGAUCCAAAUGAACGUGGCCACAUUGAACAAGCAUUAACAAUGUUUGGACAAUUAAUAUUAAACAAAACAUUCCUCUUAUUAUUCAUUCGUACACUUGAAUCGAAUCGUUAUUUUUCGAUGCGUGACCGUGUUAAUGUUGCCUCAUUAAUUAUGGUCACAUUGCAAGGACGUAUGGAAUAUUGUACCUCGAUAUUGAAAACAUUAUUAGCUGAUUUGAUUGAAAAGUGUAUUGAUGGUAAAUCACAUCCAAAACUAUUGCUCAGACGUACUGAAUCAGUGGCGGAAAAAAUGCUUUCAUCGUGGUUCACAUUUUUAUUAUAUAAAUUUUUAAAAGAAUGCGCUGGUGAACCAUUAUAUCUGCUUUAUUUUGCUAUCAAACAUCAAGUUGAUAAAGGUCCUGUGGAUGAAAUCACAUCGGAAGCAAGAUAUUCAUUAUCAGAAGAAAAAUUAAUUCGCCAACAAAUUGAUUAUAAGUCAAUGACUGUUUAUGUAUCAAUACAUCAGGCAUAUGCCCCUCCGAAUUAUUUUACAACAACAACAUCAUAUGAUCAACCAUAUGGUCAAUUAACAACAACAAUUGGUGCGCAACCACCACAAUCAGCACCACCACCACCACAUAUGGGUCCACUUGCACAGCUUAUUCUAACGGGUAAUAAUAAUAAUAUCUAUGGUGGACCAGAUUCACCGUUAUAUAAUCAUCAUUAUCAUCAUCCAUUAGCGCCACAAACGGCGAAUGUACAACAACAAGAAUAUCUAACAGUACCUGUUAAAGUAUUAGAUUGCGAUACAAUUAGUCAGGUGAAAGAAAAAUCAAUGGAUACUAUUUAUCGUGGUGUACCAUUUUCAAUGCGACCAUUUCGUGAUGACGAAUUAGAUUUAGAAUGGCGUACUGGCAAUAGUGGUAAAAUCAUACUAUUAAAUGAUGAUACAACUAGUCGUGUUUCUGGUGAAUGGCGCCGGCUGAAUACAUUGGCACAUUAUAAAGUGCCAGAUUGUGCUAGCUUAUUAUUAGUGCCUAAUUCUAAACAACUUUAUAAUUCAAUCGAUUAUAUGUAUGGCCCUGGUGGUGGUGGUAUAGGUGCACCAUUGUCUGGUGCUAUUAUGAGUGAAAAAAUUGGUACACUUGGUGGUGGAUCAUCAAGUUCUUCCAGUGGUUUUGCUACCGAUAAACACCGUUAUGAACCAUUGAAUUUUUUGAAAAAUUCAAAUACCUCCACUGGUGGCCUCUUAGGAGGAUCAUCAUCACCGCCGACAUCAUUGAGUCGUCCAACAUCACCGCCAACAAAUCAUCAUCAUCAUCAUCAUGAUCAUCAUGAAAAUAAUGGUUAUCAUCAACGUCAAUGGCAUCUAGUUAAACAUCAUGAUGCUGACCAUGGUAAAGAAGGUGAACGUGGUAAUAAAAUGGUAUCGGAAAUUUAUUUAACACGUCUAUUGGCUACGAAAGGAACAUUACAAAAAUAUGUUGAUGAUUUAUUCGAAACAAUAUUCUCGACAGCACAUCGUGGAUCAUCAUUGCCAUUGGCAAUCAAAUAUAUGUUUGAUUUCCUUGAUGAUCAAGCUAAACAUCAUGGUAUUAAUGAUAGUGAAGUUGUACAUACAUGGAAAUCAAAUUCAUUACCAUUACGAUUUUGGGUGAAUUUGAUUAAGAAUCCAAAUUUUGUAUUUGAUAUAAAUAAAUCACCAACCAUUGAUUCAUGUUUGUCUGUUGUGGCACAAACAUUCAUGGAUGCAUGUUCCACAUCGGAUCAUCGUCUGGGCAAAGAUUCACCGUCAUCAAAAUUAUUAUAUGCAAAAGAUAUACCAAUCUAUAAAGAAUGGGUUGAACGUUAUUAUAAAGAAAUUGAAACAAUGCCAGCAAUCAGUGACCAGGAUAUGAAUGCAAUGUUAUGUGAAGAAUCAAGGCAACAUGCUCAUGAAUUUAAUGCCAAUGUUUCAUUAUUACAGCUAUAUCAAUAUGCAUUCAAAUACAAAGAUCAGCUAUUACAAAUACUGCGUGAAGAUGAAUUUUCCUGUCGUAAUAAUUUACCGGCCAAAUUACAACGUGUUUAUGAUACAAUGGAUAGUAGUGGAGCUACUGGUAACGCAUCAAUUACCGAUCCAUUAUAACAACUAAAACAAACAAACAAAAAAAAACAAUGAUUCUCAUGGUUUCAAUGAUUUUUUUCGCUUCUUGUUUUCAUCAUCAUCAUCAUCAUCAUAAUAAUUGUGAUAUUUGUUUCUUUCUCUCAAUCCUCCUUUUUUAAAUGUUUGUUUUCACUCACACACAGCCAUAAACCAAUUCAAUUCAAUCAUCAUCGAUCAAAACACAGAUGAA